UAGUUUAUAUUAAAAGUCUUGCUACUCUCUCAUUAGCGAUCUUUCCCAUUCGGAUUUAUUUUUGACACCUCUGACGUUUAGAUUGAAAAAUUCACUAGAAAAUGGACAGCAGUAGUUUCACUUUAAACCUUACUGAUGGUAGCAAACAAACCCAAGAUGCGCCUAAGGCCAAACCUAUGUCACAUCAAGAGUAUGUUGCUAACCAGAAGCCACUUGUAAGCUUUGCACCUAAGCCUCGACAGACAGUGAAGGCAGACGGUGUGAAGAAACCAGCAUUUGUAGUUGUUCGAAAAAAAGCCACACAUGUUAAAAAGAAAAAUUUGUCUGAACUGAAGAGUUUUUCAGCAAAUUUACAGCCACUUACCUCUAAGAAAAAUGAUCAGUCAAACAAUGAAAGUAAACCACAGAAACCAUCACAUGCAGAAAAUGACCAAUCAAAUAAUAACAGUAGUACAGAAAAACUGUCACAUGCAGAAAAUGUACAAGGGGAUACUCCUACUGUCAUGCAUACCAGCCAAAAGAAAGCAACUAGGAAAAAUGUGUCAAAUAACAAAAAGAACAACUCUGCAGUUUCACAACAAGGGGGAUCAUCAGGUAGUUAUAACAACACAGGCAUCAUAUCAUCACUUUUCUUUAAAAACCCGGAGAUUCCUACCGUCACUAAAGAUAAUGUAGAAAGUACAGAAGAAAAUUUAUUUUCGUCUCGUAGCUUUUCGGCUUUGACUAUUCACAAGUAUUUAGUAGCAACAUUAGAGAAAGAUUUGAAUUUGAAACAUAUGACUGAAGCACAGUCCAGAACGAUUCCAAUUCUUCUCGACAAGAAAGACGCAAUUGUUAAAUCUCAGACGGGAAGUGGUAAAACCCUGGCGUACGCCAUUCCUAUUGUAGAGAAAUUACAGAGUAUUACGCCCAAGAUUGAUAGAAGCUCUGGUGUGUUUGCUCUCGUUGUUGUUCCCACAAGAGAGCUGGUUCUGCAAACAUACUCUUGGUUCGUAAAAAUUCUAAAGCCCUUUACAUGGGUCGUGCCAGGGUACUUGAUUGGCGGAGAAAAGAAAAAAUCCGAAAAAGCACGUAUUCGAAAAGGAAUGAACAUUUUAAUUUCGACCCCUGGUCGUCUUCUUGAUCAUUUAACGUCUACGCGUAAUCUUAAUCUUGGUCGACUUCACUGGCUCAUCAUGGAUGAAGCUGAUCGACUUCUUGAUAUGGGCUACGAGAAAGACGUGGGCAGGAUUGUCAGCAUAGUGGAAGAACAUUUCGUUAAAGAAGGCAGUAUAGGACAACGACAAACUGUGCUGCUGUCUGCCACCUUGAGUAAAGGCGUUGAAAAACUAGCAGGAUUGGCCCUGACUGACCCGGAGCAUAUUAAAUUGUCGGAAGACGCAAGCGUAAAUCAAGAUCAGUUAGUGACGCCAACAAAUUUGAAACAGUGGUAUAUUAUAGUACCUCCAAAACUACGACUGGCGACGCUGGCGGCUUUCAUUCUAUGGAAAUGCACGAUAUCCACAGAAAAGAAAGUGCUGAUUUUUAUGACGACGCAAGAUUCCGUAGAUUACCACACUGAGCUUUUCAACCGGGUUUUGGCUAAACGGGAAAAUCGAACUCCAAUCAGUUUUUGUAAACUACACGGAAAUAUGCCACAAAAGGAUCGGACAGCAAUCUUCAAGGAAUUUCGGGAUACUGAAAGUGGCGUCCUUCUGUGCACGGAUGUAGCUGCCCGUGGCCUGGAUUUGUCAUCGGUCGAUUGGAUCGUCCAAUAUAAUCCUCCCGUGACGGCCGAAGAAUAUGUUCACAGGGUGGGUCGAACGGCUCGUGUAGGCAAGUGCGGCCAAGCGAUCAUCUUCCUAGCCCCACCUGAAACGGACUUUGUUCAUCAUCUGGCCAAAAGGGGACUCAGUGUCGUUGAAAAGAAUCCUGAUGUCAUCUUAAAGACGUUAGCCAGUUCAUGGGCCAGGACCUCACAAACGAUGGAGCAAGCCGCCACUUCUCUGCAGCUGAGCUUCGAGGAAUGCGUUAUCGAGAGCUACAAUCUUUAUGAAAUGGCCACUAAAGGUUACGUGUCAUUCGUCAGGUCAUAUGCGGCUUUACCUAAGGACGUCCGUGAAGUCUUUAAUUUCCAGUCGCUCCAUUUGGGUCAUUACGCAAAAUCGUUCGCUCUUCGUGACCCGCCUGCGCAGAUCAACACCGCAGGCCGAAUGGGUCAGCGCAACGAUCGCAUUCAGCCGUUUAACACGGCCCGUCAACGCAAUCCGUCUAUGCUCAAGAGAGCAGCAGCACUUGGAUCGGAUGGAACACAGCACCAGCCGAGUCAUUACGAACGCCAAGCCAUGCUAUCGGAAUUCUCCAGCGGAUUAGAUCCGGCACCCGCAAAGAAAAUGAAAAUCCGCCAUACUACAGCAGAGGCCUUAGAAAAGCGGAAUCCAUGCUGAAUAAAAUACGGUUUUCUGCAUUUUACUGCGGUGUUAGGUUUUUUCUGCGGCAAAUCAAAGCAUAUUCAAAAC